AAUGAAGAGAAGAGGAACCUUUCCCUGGGGGGCCAUGUGGGCUUCGACAGCCUCCCGGAUCAGCUGGUCAGCAAGUCUGUCACCCAGGGCUUCAGCUUCAACAUCCUCUGUGUGGGUGAGACUGGCAUUGGGAAAUCCACCCUGAUGAACACCCUGUUCAACACCACGUUUGAGACUGAGGAGGCGAGUCACUACGAGAGCACGGUGCGGCUGCGGCCCCGCACCUACGACCUGCAGGAGAGCAACGUGCACCUGAAGCUCACCAUCGUGGACGCCGUUGGAUUCGGGGAUCAGAUCAAUAAAGAUGAAAGUUACAGGCCGAUCGUAGAGUACAUUGAUACGCAGUUUGAAAACUAUUUGCAAGAAGAGCUGAAGAUCCGCCGGUCCCUCUUCAACUACCACGACACGAGGAUCCACGUCUGCCUGUACUUCAUCACCCCCACGGGGCACUCGCUCAAGUCCUUGGACCUGGUGACAAUGAAGAAGCUGGAUAGCAAGGUGAACAUCAUCCCCAUCAUUGCCAAGGCAGACACCAUCUCCAAGAGCGAGCUGCACAAGUUCAAGAUCAAGAUCAUGAGCGAGCUGGUGAGCAAUGGAGUGCAGAUUUACCAGUUCCCCACGGACGAUGAGGCAGUGGCUGAGAUCAACUCUGUGAUGAAUGCUCAUCUGCCCUUUGCCGUGGUGGGGAGCACGGAGGAGGUGAAGGUUGGGAACAAGCUGGUGCGGGCUCGGCAGUACCCGUGGGGAGUGGUGCAAGUGGAGAAUGAGAGUCACUGUGACUUUGUGAAGCUGCGGGAGAUGCUGAUUCGGGUGAACAUGGAGGAUCUGCGGGAGCAGACCCACACCCGCCACUACGAGCUGUACAGGAGGUGCAAACUGGAGGAGAUGGGCUUCAAGGACACAGACCCAGACAGCCAGCCCUUCAGCCUCCAAGAAACGUACGAGACCAAAAGGAAAGAGUUCUUGGGCGAGCUCCAGAGGAAAGAGGAAGAAAUGAGACAAAUGUUUGUUAACAAAGUCAAGGAGACAGAGGCAGAGCUGAAGGAGAAGGAGAGAGAGCUGCAUGAGAAAUUUGAGCACUUGAAAAGGAUACACCAGGAAGAGAAAAGGAAGGUGGAGGAGAAGAGGAGGGAGCUGGAGGACGAGAUGAAUGCCUUCAACAGGCGGAAAGUGGCGGUGGAAACCUUGCAGUCCCAAUCCUUGCAGGCUACCUCACAGCAGCCACUGAAGAAGGACAAAGACAAGAAAAAUUAAUCACACACAGACUUUCAGGCCAAGAGUGGACUUGGUGCUUUCAUGUGUUAAGUUGCUUGAGUUUCCCACCCUGUGACCCUUCUCAUAACACUGUGUGCGUGGACCAAAGUGACAGUGAGCGUCUCCGGUGGUGGCAGUGACCCUCUGUCACCUGUGCAGAGUUAUCAGGAGGUUUGCAGGAACUGACCUAACCUGUACAUUUUAUUAAACAAAGCCAGCUAAUCCCUCCAGUUAAGAUGUUUUGUUCCAAACCCAGCGACUGAGCAGCCGAGUAUGAACGGACCGUAACUGUCUGAACUCAUCUUACCCACCAGCUGAUAAUUGCUUUCUACAUUUAGUUUUUUUAAUUGGCUAAGGUGACUGCUCAUUGACCUUCCCCAGUACAUGCACAGUGAGAGGAGUGGUAUGAAAAAUGCUGAAAUGUUUAUUUUUCUAACAAAAUUCUCGAAUAAAUUUUUUAAUGGAUAGAAAACCACAAUGCUUAGGCUUCCUGCCCUGGGAAUCUUAGAGUAACCCUCAUUCCAGUAAUUCUGUAUUUAAUCCUGAAUUACUCUAAACACUUUCUACAUCAUUUAUAAUAUAUAUAUAUAUAUAUAUAAGGAGAGAGAGAGAGAGAGUGGUUAAUAAAAUUCAUGGGACAAUGUUUUGAAUUUUCUUUACUGCUAAAAUAGAACAUUUAUAGAGAAAGGUUUUCAUAAGAGUUUGUUGUAUAAUGUGGAACUACAGGAUUUGUGUAACUUUUCAGUUGUCACUUACCAGUGUAUUUACUGUUGUGGAAACUAUUUAAGCCAUCUUUACUUUUACUCUUUAACCUUAAACUUGCAAUGUGCCUAAUAAGGAGAACCCCUGCUCCUGAGCUGUGCUCUGUGUUUAUGCUGACAGGCUCUGUUCUUCUUAGAAGGGGCUUCCUUUGACACUCCUCAUGCCUAGAAAUCACAGCCUUGUUUUCCUGGGCAACUGAGCUUAGAGGAAUAAUUAGGAUCAAUAUUAAUUUUUUCCACUCAAACCAUUUUGUGACUGGGCAGGACAAUAACUGAACAGAGUUACUAGCUAUGUUGUCAUGGAAAAAUAGCUGGACCCAAUUCCAUCCAUCCAUCAGAUCCCAGGCUAAACAAAAGGAAAUAUUUUAUAUUAACCCUCACAUAGUGUCUUUAGAGUUUAUAAAAACACUGGCUGGCUAAGUGUUAGUUGUGAGUGUGUGUGUUUUUAUUUAGUUAUUAAUGUUGCAGGAUUUUUCUGAUGUGGUUUUUACUGCAGACUUGUCUUUGGGCUGUCAGCAAACUCCUGCCGUGCCGUGCAGAGGGAGGGGCAGGGCCUGGGCCCCACUGUCCAGGGGCUUUGCUGCACUCUGAGGUUCUUUACCUCGCAUAUCCCAUUAAAGCAGCUUGUUUUUCCUUUCUGAAUACAUGCUCAGGUGUUAAACUGUUUUCCUAUGGACACUGGCCUUUCCCAUGGAUAUCCUGACAGUCCUGUCAGUGUUACUUGAUGCUCGUAGGAAAGAACCUCACCAGGACCUCACGGUACCUUUUAGAACAGGCUGUUCUUCAAAGAGUAAAAAUUCUGCACUUGUUGGGAGUCUGCUGAAAGCUGAACAUUUAAUUAUUAAGGCUGUGCCUCCAGGUUAGAUGUGUUUUAAACAGUAACUGUCGAACGUUGGGAGGGUUAGUGUGGUUUUCUCAAACCCAGACAAGGAACCCAACCCUCUGUUUCGUGCAAGAAGACAAUUCCACCUCACCUCUGACUGCAGUCCAAUCAUGUAGCAAAUGAUUUGUUAUUGAUUUUUGCUAAUGAGAGAAACUCUGGUGCACUAGUUGCCUGAGCAAGCAGCACUCUUUGGUUCAGUGUUUUGCUUCUCAAGGCCAAUGCUGGCAUGAAACAGUGACUGGUGGUACUGGUGUGCCCCCAGCUGCCUCACCAGUGUGUUCCCAGUCAAUAGUUCUCUCCUGAUCUCAUGCUGCAGCCAGCAAGAUCUAUGCAAAUGAUUUCUCUCUGCCCUGGCUCAUCAGAGAUCAAUUCUUUUUUCCUAGAAUAACAGGUAGUUAAGAAAAGUGAUGAUUACAAAGAAAGAGUAAAAACCUUCAAAUCCAUGGGCAUUGCAGAGAAAUUUACAGCUUUUUCUGAAGAUGACAUUCAGAAUGUAUGUAAGAAUAUUUUAAUGACUAUGAUUAUUAUAUUACUUUGACUUUAUGUUGUGGUGGACAGCCCUUGUCCUUGUAGUUGCUUGUUCAACAUCACAGUCUCCCCAGUGGGACUCAGUCAUAUUUUUUUCCCCAGUACUUGUUUUUUUUCCUUUGGCUGAGACAAGAUUUAAAUAUUGUGGUAUAUAGGGUAGUUCUGUAUCUUAUUUUUAUUUAACAAGUUACAAAUAUGUGGUGAUUCUAAUCUCAUCCAGUCCGAAGACUUACAUCUGGUAGGGUAGAAGAAGUGAAAGAAAACCCUUCAGAAAUGACUGAAACCAUUCAGUUACACGUCCUUUGGCUGUUUUAUACAUUUAUCUGUAAAAGAUUGGUAUUAAUGGGAAAAACUAUCCAUUUUUUUAUCAUUUAAACAUUUACCAUUGUGUAUGUUGUCUGCUUUCUAAUUUAAAUUGUGUUUUGUGGGUCUCUGAGGGGGGUUCACACCUGGCUGUGGUGGGUGCCCCAGAAUGGAGAUGGGGUGGGUGGUUUGGGGCCGUGGAGGCUCCUGGGGACCUGCCUGGGGGACACAACCCUCUGGGACAUGCUGCAUCCCUUUGCUUUGUCAUUCCCAGCGUGUUUGGGUUCGUGGUUUUGUUUUUUUUUACUUUCAUUUCUUUCCACUCACUUUGUACUUUUUUUCUUUUAUUAAAUCUCACAUGUAUUUUGA